AUGGGCACCACUCCGCCGCCUCAUAGAAAGCAGCACAAGCCCUCUUCCUCGCUAGGCUCCCUGUAUGAGGUAUUGGCAGACCUGGACGAGACGCAGCUGCACUAUCUCAUCCAGGAGAUGAACCAUACUGGCGAUCAGCAUGUGCCAGUGUCUCAGGCGGUAUCGGCGUUCGAGUCGCAGAACCCCUCGGACUCCCUCAACAACGUAAGGGCGAGUAUGAUGCCAGCCCCAAACGGAUUGCAACGAACUCUAUCCAAGUCCCAGCAAGGGAAACUCCGGUUGCAGACAGCUUUUCGGAGAGAGCCCUCUUUACGACAGAGGCGCCUACAAGAAAACCAUCGCGCGGCCCAUCCUGCGGAGCCCGUACAUGUUGUGGCCCCGGAAACUCCCAAGCGCCCCGCUCCAUCCGACUAUACUGGUACACCUGAGCCUCUUAGUCCACCAGCCCAAGUUUCUUCCAUACAUGAAGAACCCCCGAGGGCUUUAACGCAGCCGCGAAAGGACGAAACCAUUCCCGAUCCCGUAGUCUCGCAGACGCUGAGCGAUCAACCACGGAAACCACCAGCCUACAGGCGUAUUCCGCGGCCAACGUUCAGCCUCCCGCCAGGUGUUACGGUCACGGAUUUGCUUCAGCUCCUCGAGACUGAAUUCCUUUCAUCAAGCCUGGAUGAUCCCCCCUCCCCAGGCUCUUUCUCGUCCCCUUCACCUCUCCUCCUGUCCACCCCAUCGCCGAAGCCAUUGCCCCGAACUCCUGGUUCUGGGGGAGCUCACACCCUGCGGAAGUACUCUUCCAGGCUGGACAUGGCACUCGAAGCUGAGCGGUCCGCUUCCAGCACCGAGGAGAUCGGGCUGGGGAUGCUUGAGCCUCGACCUGUGAAGACAGCCUCAAUGAGGACGUCCGCCACUACUACCCCUAUCAGUUUCGAGGAUUCCUUUGAUUGCGGGUUCUCGGGGCAGACACCGCCGGCGCAGCCUAUGGUAUUGGAGGGAAUAUUCGACGUCUUGAACAAUCAAUGA